AUGGAGGGAGCCGCGAAGAAAGCUCAGCGCAUCGACCGCCCAGCGGCGGAGGCCCAGAACUUUUGGGCGAAGAUCGAAAGCUGGGCGAACGCGGACGACCCCGCUCAGACGCAGCAGCGCCUAGCUUCGGUGAUGGAGUUGCUCGACUCCACUCCGGAUCCAACUCAGAUCCAGCAGGCUGGAGUCAAGGAGGGAGUGGCCAAGAGCCGCUUCACGUGCGCCGACGUGAAACGGGCGUACACGGCAGAGCAAGAGCAAGACCUAACAAGGCACGCCCUGCUUGAGAUCACAGCCCUCCAGAAGGGGUGCACGAUGCGCACCUUUGACAUAGUGGCUGCGUUCCUCAUCGGGCAAGAUCGUGGUGCCAAGGAGGAGGGCCAGCUACGAGCAGCCUGGACGCAGAGCUGA